CUUCCAAACUACCACACCAUGUUGCCAGCUAUAUUUCGUCUUCCUCUUGAAGACUGGUCACUCAAAAACAUGCCUAAACAGAUCCAUGAGAUCAAGGACUUCCUCCUCACAGCCAGGAGAAAAGAUGCCAAGUCCGUCAAGAUCAAGAAGAACAAGGACAAUGUGAAGUUCAAGGUUCGGUGCAGCCGGUACCUGUACACCCUGGUCAUCACGGACAAGGAAAAGGCCGACAAACUCAAGCAGUCCCUGCCACCAGGUCUGGCUGUCAAGGAGUUGAAGUGAGGAGAAGGAGGAAGAUAAUAGAUGGUUCUGUUGUAAAAAUAAAAUAACAAGACCGUAAAAACUA